GAAAAAAAAGGCUCAAAGUUUUUAGGGAAAACAAGGAGAGAGAAACCUAGAGAGAGAAAAUAUAUCCUCUUUCAACAACGAUGGGGAUGAGCUAUAAACCACCGACCAUCCCUUCGACGAUGGUUAUGAGGCUUUGAUUCGUCUCAGUGUUUCAAUUUCUCCGGUUUCAGCGACGAGGAAUGUUCCAGAAGAAACCAAGCAAGGAAGAAGCUUUGACGCAGCUUCGAUUCCACUGAUUGAUGCUCGGAGCAUGGGUUGUUGCUAUUCGGGUCACUCCUUAUGUUCUUCAGUAUUUUUAGAAAGAGGAGAUCACUUUGGAUCUUUGAUUUAACCCCACCAAAUUUAAGAUAUUAAAAUAUUAAUUUUUGGAAGGAGGAAGAUGGAGCAAGGUUUGGUGGAUUCGAGUUUGAGGUAAAGAAACUCAGUAUGAAUCUGUAGCUAGCCUUGAUACAACUAGCCAUGAUACAACAGAGCUAUAGUAACUCUAAAGUUGUUGUAGUUCUCACUCGCUCGCCCUGCUUUGUUUUCCAAGGGGGAAAAGGGAGAAGAUCGAGGGGAAGAUAAUCUCAGAGAAGUUCUCAAGCACUCCGCGCUCAAAUGGUUUUGGAGCUCCGAACCUCAUAAUAAGUAUCUUGAACGCUAGUAACAGGGGAAAUGGGGAGCUUGAAUGGGAUCUGAAGUGAAAGGGUUAAUGGCUAGCAAAAGACCGGCAUUAAGUAAUGCAAAUCAGUUACAAAAGGAAGAAGUGGUUCCUAAAGAACCAAUAACAUAUGUACUUGAUGGUUCCGGGGCAAUUGUUUCUGUAGAAAAUGUAUCCCAGUCAGAAAUUGGAGCAUCAAAGGCAGAAAAUGCAGCCUCAUAUAAAAAUGUUCUGGAUGAACAGGGUGAAAAUAAUGAUGAAAAUAGUGUAAAUGAUAAAGGUUUGGCUGGGAGGCAGGGUGACAAGAAUGUUGCUGUUGAUGAUGGUGAAGAACAUGUUUCUUCUGUUCUGCCAGACCGAAAAUUGAUUGAAGUUGAAUUAUGCAAGGGUGGUGUUUCUUCUGUUAUUGAAACUGAAGAGGAGGAGGAGGAUGUGAAGCCAUUGAAAAAGAAGAGAAAGAUGAUUGUUCAAGAGGAUGAUGAUUUGGAGGAUGUUAAACCAGCUAUUAGAAGAGGAAGAUUGCCUAGAUCUUCUAAACCUGUUGCUGAAGUUGUUGAAGUUUUGAAUAUUGAUGAGGGGGAUGAAGUUGUUCUUCGAUGUAGACCUUCGAGGAACAGUUAAAAGCUAUAGAAGAUAUUGGCUUUGGCAACUUGAGUUUGAUACAGUUAAAUGAGUUCCCAAAGGAGAUGAUUAGGUGGUUGUGUGGUUGUUUU